UCCUCUGCUUUUCUUUUUCCAGGGAUCAGACAUUAGGGAGAGGCAGCGUCACCUUUCCUCCUCCCUCCUCCACUCCCUACUUCUACUCCUGCUAGCCUAACCCAGGCCUAUACAAGGGGCACUUCUUCCCGGUUUUGGUGUUUGUUGGCGGUGAUGGUGGCGCAAGGGGUCAUGGAGACCAGAACCAACCGGAGACCGUGUAGCAGCGCCCAGCAACACUUACUGCUGGCGGUCGCUCUCAUCGCAUGCAGCUCGCAACUACUGGUGGACGCCAACUCCUGGUUGUCGUUAGCGAUGAACCCUAUCCAGAGACCGGAGAUGUACAUCAUCGGGGCCCAGCCUCUGUGCAGCCAGCUGACGGGGCUCUCCCAGGGGCAGAGGAAGCUGUGCCAGCUCUACCAGGACCAUAUGGUCUACAUUGGCGAGGGGGCCAAGACGGGCAUCAAUGAAUGUCAAUACCAGUUCAGACAGCGGCGGUGGAACUGUAGCACCGUGGAUAAUGCAUCCGUGUUCGGACGCGUCAUGCAGAUAGGCAGCAGGGAGACAGCCUUCACCUAUGCCAUCAGUGCAGCAGGCGUGGUGAACGCGGUGAGCAGGGCGUGUCGGGAAGGAGAACUCUCCACCUGCGGAUGCAGCCGCGCCGCUCGACCCCGUGACCUACCGCGUGAUUGGCUGUGGGGUGGCUGUGGCGACAACGUCAACUAUGGCUACCGUUUCGCCCGGGAGUUUGUGGACGCGCGGGAGAGAGAAAAGAACUACCCUCGAGGCUCCAUAGAACACACUAGAACAUUGAUGAACCUACAGAACAACGAAGCAGGGAGACAGUCGGUGUAUAACCUGGCCAACGUGGCGUGUAAGUGUCAUGGCGUGUCUGGCUCCUGUAGCCUGAAGACCUGCUGGCUCCAGCUGGCAGACUUCCGGCGCGUCGGAGAGUUCCUGAAGGAGAAGUACGACAGCGCCGCCGCCAUGCGCAUCGGACGCAAAGGGAAACUGGAGCAGGUAGAUAAACGCUUCAACGUCCCGACGCCCGAGGAUCUGGUCUACACCGACCAGAGCCCAGACUACUGUCUGAAGAACGACACCACCGGCUCCAUGGGAACCCUGGGGAGACUCUGUAACAAGACGUCGGAGGGGAUGGAUGGCUGUGAACUCAUGUGCUGCGGGAGAGGAUACGACCAGUUCAAGACCUAUAAGCAUGAGAGAUGUCACUGCAAGUUUCACUGGUGUUGUUAUGUCAAGUGUAAGAGGUGCACUUCACUGGUGGAUCAGUUUGUCUGCAAGUAGCGAAGGAAGGGAGGGGGUCUGGACGAUGGAUGGACGGACAGUUCCACAUGGGGAAGGGAGGGGGUCUGGACGAUGGAUGGACGG